AUGAAUAUUAAAAAUUUUUCAACAACGUAAAUCCAAAUUAAUUUUGUGUAUUAAUUUAGAUUGUAAAAAUUAAAUAGUUUUUAUUUGGAAAAGCGUAAAAUUCUUUUUGCAACAAUGUUUCUACAAAAUUAUGCAAAACCGACAACCAAUUUUGCCGCCAGGGAUAUGGAGCGUCAACGAGAGUUUGUGGAAAAAUAUAUGCGUACUGCGGAUGUACCGGAAUGGUAUCGUGGUUUGUCAUCAUUUCAAUUUCAAGCUGCCAAAAAUUUGCACAAUGCAAUUCGUGAUGAUCUCGAACAAGGUACAUCUCAUCGUGUACGGGAAGUAUUAAAUUCGAUCGGACUACGCCCACCGGUAUCAAAGAAAAGACUAAGACUCCUCAUGAGAUUGAGUCGCGGAUGUGAUUUGGCAUUUUUAUGGUUUCUAAAAGAUUUACACUAUCAAUCGGAUGGACCGGGCUAUAAUACAAAUGAGCAAUUAAUAUUAUCAUGUAUAGCUUAUUUAGAUAUUAUUUUUACCAUACGUGGCCUUGAUGAGAUUUUACCGCCGGAACAGCCACCAAAGAAGAGGCCACACAGAAUGUCAAAUGAACAGAGACGACUCUCAGUUCAAAGUAAAUAUAAAAUGUAUGAUAAACAAACUUAUUUAUCAGCGCAAAGAAAAAUUGGUUCCUUUAAUAAACAAUACAAGUUGCCUUAUCUUGAACAUCAACGACGGCCAGGCCCAUAUGGAAAAUCGCUCUCAGCAUAUCCGCCGGAAAAUGUAUUACGGCUGGAUUUUUUAAAUAGAUACAAAGAUCCCACGUAUGUUAUACCAAACGAAUCCAAUCGUUGGUUUUCCAACUAUUUACCCAGCGAAGGUCGUCAAACAGCAAAUACUCUUGUUAAUGAAAGUUUGAAUACAAUUUUCAAUGUAACUAAGCUUCCCAGCCAAGUCUUUGAAGCACAAAUAUUUAAAAACCUUAAAUUAUCUGGUAAUGAAGGACGAAAAGCUGAAAGACAGUUAUGUGAACAUCAUAAACUUAUGGAAGAGAUGGAGAAAUGUUUGGAACUUGAAUUGCGUGUAAUAGCUCAAGAGAAGUGUCGAAAAUAUUUUGACGCAGACAUGCCGAAAAAAGAACUACGCAUCGCACGUCUACGUAAGCAAAUUGAGAAUGAUGUGAAUUUACAUUUGAAGCGGUUCAGGCAUUUAGGUGAAAAGUGUCGGAGUGAAUUACUUUUAUGGUCUAAGGAAAACUUACACGAAUGUUGUUUGAACAGUGAUACGAAUAGUACAGGGAAUGGAUCAUGUGAUACUCUAAAAUAUAACAAUCGAAUGAAGAAAAAACCACAAAACAAAUAUACAAAAAGUGAAAGCCAUAUUGAACGCAAACAUAAGAAUUUUUAUAAUUCAGAAAUGCAACUAAAUACAGAGAGUGAAUGCAAACUACGUGUGAAAAAUUUGGAGAACUUAAGUGCACCGGAAAUAAUUGGUGAUGGCUUUAACAAUAACAAGAGGAGAGAAAAACGAAACUUUCAUUGUAAAAAACAGCCAUUGACAGAGAAAUUUAUUUCCAAUAGUACUUGUGAAUGCAAACCUAACGUUCAUAAUACUGAUAGUACAUAUGAUUAUAUACAAAAUUACGAUUACGGUCACUCGGACGCAAAAAGUGAUACGAAAAUAUUUUUUAACGCACCCCAUAAGCAUACACCUUUUAAAUUUGAUUAUCAGAAAAUAUUUGAUCUACCAUGUGACGAAGAAAAUGUAAAUUUAAAAAGAAUUUUUGUGAAAGCAAUCGAGAGUGAAGAAUAUUUACGUAAGCUGAAUACAGAAUCUAAGGAAAAUGUAGACGCCGCUAUACAAAACUACACUGCUAAGGUGUUAAGAGAAAAAAUAAAGGAAAAAUUAAAUGAAGUUGUUCAAAAGCCUCUAAUACCAAGCGCAAAGCCGCACAUAAAAUACUAUGAUCCAAAUAAUAAGACAUUAAUGCAUCGUAUGCUAAAGGAAGGACUUGAAAUAUUAGCCAAAGAUACAAGAUAUGUCUUAGCCUCAUUGCCCGAAGCACAUAAACUGCCAGUUUUACGCUAUUGGAUAUAUCAACGUUAUGGUAAAGUUUACACCAAAAAGGAAAUGGUUAAGAUAUUUAAAAAUUCGACAACACUCUUUCGAGCACUUCUCCAUAUGCCCAUACAUGAAACACUACCUUCGCCAUAUGAUCUUGGUCGAUCGGUGUUUAUUAAUUACCGUUGUCAUGAUUAUCUCAUGAGAAAGUCUGAUAAUAUUCGUAAAUUAUUUUAUGAUCGCGUCGACAAGGCAAUUAUGCAACAAUCACGUCAUCUCUAUAUAGCCAUGACGCCAUAUAUUUACGCUGGCCGCUCACCGAAUAAAACAAUAUUCGCUUAUUUACCAUCACAUCCCAGUGAUAUACAACAUUUUCGAGUGUGGAGCUCACGCAACAUGCGGUUAAAACGAAAGUCAUCAAAUUUAAACCUUAGGUCGACUGCGCGUUAUUAAGAACAGCAUGGAAUUCUGAAUUUAUUAUUUAUUAUUGAAGUAUCGGAAAUUUAAGUAUUUUAGUGCUCGUGCAAGUUCAUUUGCAGAAUUUGGUUAACUGUUAAUUGCUGCAGCUGUGAUAAUGCUGCCCAAAUUCUGCAAAUAUUUGUGAGUACUUAAGACGUUGUAUUGCUGUAUUGUAUUAUUUUUAUAAUUAGAAAGUAAAUUAAUUGUUUCUAAA